AUGCGUAAAAUUUCAAGUCUUAAGUCAAUCGGUCAAUGGUCUUUUUCUUCUGCUUUAAAUUUCGCACAAGCCAUAUGUGAUAACACGAAACAUGAACAAAAACAACACAAAAAUAUUGAACAUGCUUCACUUACAAACACAUGGAUGAAAGUGCUACGCUUGGGGUCAACGAACUCCGAAAAAUUGAAAACAUUUGCCAUACCCUCACGGGGUGGAAUAGUGGAGUAG